CUGGCCUGAGUUGAGCCGGCAGCCCGCCCGGCGUGACUGUGUGUGCGAGUGCGGGUGGAGGCCAGCCCUGCCCGGCAGUCCAGAAGCAGCCUCGGCUGAGGGAAGAGAAAAAUGUCAGUCAGCAUGCAUGAAAAUCGCAAAUCUCGGGCCAGCACUGGCUCAAUCAAUAUAUAUUUGUUCCACAAAUCCUCUUAUGCUGAUAGUGUCCUCACACAUCUGAAUCUUUUGCGCCAGCAGCGACUUUUUACAGAUGUCCUUCUACAUGCAGGAAACAGGACUUUCCCUUGCCAUAGAGCUGUCUUGGCUGCAUGUAGCCGCUAUUUUGAAGCCAUGUUUAGUGGUGGUCUUAAAGAGAGUCAGUCCAGUGAAGUCAACUUUGACAAUUCUAUCCAUCCAGAAGUCUUAGAACUGCUGCUUGACUAUGCAUAUUCAUCCCGAGUUAUUAUCAAUGAAGAAAAUGCAGAGUCCCUCCUGGAAGCUGGAGACAUGCUGGAAUUCCAGGACAUUCGAGACGCUUGUGCAGAGUUCCUUGAAAAGAACCUCCAUCCCACCAACUGUCUUGGCAUGCUGCUGCUGUCCGAUGCCCACCAGUGCACCAAACUUUACGAACUCUCUUGGAGGAUGUGCCUCAGCAACUUCCAAACCAUCAGUAAGAAUGAAGAUUUCCUUCAGCUGCCCCAGGACAUGGUGGUUCAACUCCUGUCCAGUGAAGAACUGGAGACUGAAGAUGAAAGGCUGGUGUACGAGUCUGCUAUUAACUGGAUUAGCUACGACCUGAGCAAGCGCCACUGCUACCUUCCUGAGCUGUUGCAGACCGUGAGACUGGCCCUCUUGCCAGCCAUAUAUCUCAUGGAGAACGUAGCCAUGGAAGAACUCAUCACCAAGCAGAGGAAAAGCAAAGAGAUUGUGGAAGAGGCAAUAAGAUGCAAAUUGAAAAUCUUGCAGAAUGAUGGUGUGGUCACCAGCCUUUGUGCUCGGCCUCGAAAAACUGGCCAUGCUCUUUUCCUCCUGGGAGGACAGACCUUCAUGUGUGACAAGCUGUAUCUUGUGGACCAAAAAGCAAAGGAAAUCAUUCCCAAGGCAGACAUUCCCAGCCCAAGGAAAGAGUUCAGUGCCUGUGCAAUUGGGUGCAAAGUGUACAUCACUGGUGGACGGGGGUCAGAGAAUGGGGUCUCCAAAGAUGUUUGGGUCUAUGACACUCUUCACGAGGAAUGGUCGAAAGCUGCCCCCAUGCUGGUGGCCAGGUUUGGUCAUGGCUCUGCUGAACUCAAACACUGUCUGUAUGUAGUAGGUGGACAUACAGCAGCAACUGGUUGCCUGCCUGCUUCCCCGUCUGUGUCAUUAAAGCAAGUAGAACAGUAUGAUCCUGUGACUAAUAAGUGGACGAUGGUUGCCCCACUCCGAGAAGGCGUGAGCAAUGCAGCGGUAGUGAGUGCCAAACUGAAGUUAUUUGCUUUUGGCGGCACCAGUGUUAGCCAUGAUAAGCUACCUAAAGUUCAGUGUUAUGAUCAGUGUGAGAACAGGUGGACAGUACCAGCCACUUGCCCGCAACCCUGGCGAUACACCGCAGCAGCUGUUCUGGGCAACCAGAUUUUUAUUAUGGGUGGAGAUACCGAAUUCUCAGCAUGCUCAGCUUAUAAAUUCAACAGUGAGACAUACCAGUGGACCAAGGUGGGAGAUGUGACAGCCAAGCGUAUGAGCUGCCAUGCAGUAGCAUCUGGAAACAAACUUUAUGUAGUUGGCGGCUACUUCGGUAUUCAAAGAUGCAAAACCUUGGACUGCUAUGAUCCGACAUUAGAUGUGUGGAACAGCAUCACCACAGUCCCCUACUCUCUCAUUCCUACAGCAUUCGUCAGUACUUGGAAACAUCUUCCCUCUUAAGGCUGAUGCAUUAUUUGAAGAUGAUUAUCAGUUUAUUCCAUUGCUUGGUGAAACAACUGUGGGACCUUGACUUUGGAGAAGCCGAAUUUAAUGAAGAAGAAAAAAAGUUGUUCUGGACUCGAAUAAAUUACACUGCACCUUGU